UGGCUAGAGUUUCAAGUCCAACAAUAAUAAUGUUUUAUUUAUAUUUUGGUUAGAUUAAUAUUGAAUUCAAAAAAUUUUAAAACUUUAAAUCAGUGAUUGUUUUUAUAGCAUUUAUUGCUAUUAAAUUCAAGUCUUGAUAUAGCAAGAAAGAGUAAUCAGAUCCAACAAUGAGUGUUUCCAAUUUCAACACUCCACUGGCUAUUUAUUUAGUCAGACGCUGCUCCGUGUAAUACUAACCUCAGCUGAAAUAUGUUCCAAGUAACUUUUUUUAAAGUGUGGAUGGCAGUUAGAUUUUUGUUGUUGUCAGGAAAUAAUUAGUAUGAGCUAUCCAUGGACAUUGUCUCCCAAAAAGCAGUGUCUAUCUCCAACAAUAACUUAUCAAAAUGGAGCUAAGAAUAAUGGUGAGCUUAAUGCUAAAACUGCAAAGAAAAUUGACUUCAAAGAUUCAGCAGACAUCUUUGAUCCUGAAUUAGAACCAUUGUUGAAAGAAAAUCCCAGACGAUUUGUUGUCUUUCCAAUCCAGUGGCCAGAUAUUUGGCAAAUGUAUAAGAAAGCUGAAGCUUCAUUUUGGACUGUUGAUGAAGUUGAUCUAUCUAAGGACUUAGAUCACUGGAAAAAACUAAAUGACAAUGAAAAGCAUUUCAUCUCCCAUGUCUUAGCAUUCUUUGCUGCCUCUGAUGGUAUUGUCAAUGAGAACCUUGUUGAGCGUUUUAGCCAGGAAGUACAGAUCACUGAAGCUCGCUGUUUCUAUGGCUUCCAGGUGGCCAUUGAGAACAUUCACUCAGAAAUGUAUUCUCUACUUAUUGACACAUAUAUAAGUGAUCCUACACAAAGAGACUUCCUGUUCAAUGCUAUUGAAACUUUACCAUGUGUUGCCAAGAAAGCAAAUUGGGCACUUAACUGGAUCAGCCAUAAGAGCGCAUCAUUCGCUGAACGAGUCGUAGCUUUCGCUGCAGUUGAGGGUAUUUUUUUCAGUGGAUCUUUCGCAGCUAUUUUCUGGCUCAAGAAGCGAGGUCUUAUGCCAGGCCUGACUUUCAGUAACGAACUCAUCUCUCGUGAUGAAGGAUUACAUUGUGAUUUCGCCUGCUUAAUGUUCAAACAUAUCGUUCAAAAGCCAUCCCAGGAACGAGUGACUUCUAUAAUCAAGGAUGCUGUAACAAUAGAGCAAGAAUUUUUAACAGAUGCUUUACCAUGUAGUAUGAUCGGCAUGAACUGCACGCUUAUGUGUCAAUAUAUCGAGUUUGUGGCCGACAGGUUGCUUACCGAAUUAGGUUGUUCGAAGGUUUACCAUUCUGAUAAUCCUUUCGACUUUAUGGAACAUAUUUCGUUGGAGGGCAAAACGAACUUCUUCGAAAAGAAAGUGGGAGAAUAUCAAAAGUGGGGAGUUAUGCAAGAAAAGAGUACAAACGAGCACGUAUUUUCGGUCGAAGCUGAUUUUUAGAAUAAUAAUCAACAAGUAUUGAAUAACAACUUAAACUUAAAAAACAUCAAGUAAUUUCUGUGAGUGAACUCAAAAUUAAUAUUUUGAGUAAAAUAGUUUAUAUUCACCUAUAUUAUUAUUCAUUCUUAUUUUAACGUUAUAUAACUUUUUUAUUUACUUCAUACAUUUAUAUAUUUUUAUCUUAUUUCAGAACUUGUGUGUAUUAUUAGAAGUUAGAUUAACUAAAAUUGUGACUAGAAGUUAUAAAAACAAAUGGAAAAUUAUUUAGAGCAUAUAAUGCGUUCAAAAUAGACGGUUUUAUGUUCAUGUCCAUUAUCACAAAUUUCCUAAGCAUAGUUUCAUUUGACUUGGUUUCAAAUUAGAUGUGACUAAUCAUUAGAAGAUUUCUAAAAAGUAAGAAAUAAUAAUGUAGACCAGUGUUUAGGAACUCUGUAAUAAUAAGCAUGAGGCAUAAAAAACAUUUUUAUUCGAAACUGUAAAGUUUAAAUACCUUGCUAAAUGUACAUUUUAUAAAAACAUGAUGUCGGUAAUCUUAUAAGAAAAUUUGUAAGUAUGUACAUAAAAUGAACUUGAUUUUAUAUUCUUUAGUAACUGAAGAUCUUACAUCAAAUGUAUUUCAGCAGUUAAACAAAACUCUUCAUAAUUUGGAGUUUAAAAAAUCGCACUUUAUAAUGACGAUAGCAAUGGAUUGAUUAUUACGAAUUCUCGUUGAAUAUUAUUUGAUAUUUUCAUUUACUCAGCUUUGACUUAUCUUUCAUGCACUAAGCUAUUAUACAAUUCAUCUUAUAAUUUUUAUAUCUUCAAUCUCGAACACUACGAAAUGCCAAUAAUAUUACAUCAUAAGCAUUGAUAAACAAGUGUAUUGUUAUAACAGUUAAUGGUACAUUAAACUUUUAUAAAAAACUUUGUGUAAUGGAUAUUUCAGAAAAUUGUUAUUUUUCAUAAGCUAUUGAUACGAUAAUAAAGUAAUUAUUUCUAUAAAAAUUUAUUU